AUCUCGUGGAGUCUCGCCAACAACGUAACUACGCGAGAAAACUCCGUCUCUUGAACCUCCAUUUUGAAAAUGACCGCAAAAUUAAAGAAAACACGGAAGCUUCGUGGUCAUGUCAGUCAUGGACAUGGACGUAUCGGGAAGCACCGAAAACAUCCUGGCGGUCGAGGUAAUGCAGGUGGACAGCAUCAUCACAGAAUAAACUUUGAUAAAUACCAUCCAGGUUAUUUUGGUAAAGUUGGUAUGCGUCACUUUCACUUGACGAAACAGAAAUAUUAUAAGCCAGCGAUAAAUCUUGACAAACUGUGGUCCCUUGUGAGUGAGCAGACAAGGAUGCAUUAUAAAGACAAAACAGACAAGGCACCUGUCAUUGAUUGUAUCAGAGCCGGUUACUACAAAGUUCUAGGAAAAGGACUCCUACCAAAACAACCAGUCAUCGUGAAAGCCAAGUUCUUCAGUCGAAGAGCAGAAGAAAAAAUCAAGAAAGUUGGUGGAUGCUGUGUUCUUGUGGCGUAAAAUCAUGUCAAACACUUGUAAUUACGAGAAAUAAAUAACCAGCUGUUUUUGAAAGUGGA